GAUGGCGGGUAAAAUCGAUUCGUCAUUGAUCCAAAUUUCUAUGUAAAUAACAUUUAUAUUACUGCGUAAUUUGUAUACGGUAACGCAAUACUAAAAUAUAUGAGUAAUUGGUUAGAAUAGCAACAAUAAUUUGACAACGUGUAUUACAAUUUACCAAUCCAAUUUUACUUGAUUCACUUUUAUAAAACAAACAUGUUUCGACUAGGAUUAUUGUGUGCCUUCUUAAUCGCUGUCUCAGCGGAGGAUAUGGAUUCUUGUUAUGAUAAAUCCAAAAAAGCUUGUAAUUCUUUAGAUUUUGUAGAUAAGAAAGCAUUGUUCACAAAUUGUAAUGCUGUAUAUGGAAAUAUCAUGGAUUUUCAAGCUGACCUACAGGCAUACGUAAAUGCUCAUAUUGAAUCCAGUUUUGAAUUUUUGUUAAUGUCAACUCAUUUUGGAAAUUAUGAAGCAAAUCGAGAUGGUUUUAAGACAUUAUAUCGUAAACUGUCAGACAAAACAUGGGAAGAUGCUUUUGAUUUAAUUAAAUUUAUUGCCAAAAGAGGUGGUAAAAUGAAUUUCAAUCAACUACCAAGAAUUAAGGGAAGUACACAAAUUAAAAGUAAAAAGAUACUUCAGUUAAAUGAAAUUCACAGUUUAUCUAAAGCACUUGAUAUUGAGAAACAACUUGCUGAAGAAGCUUUAUAUAUUCAUUCAAGAGCACAACAACACUCUAAGCAAGAUGCUUCUGUAGCUCAUUAUUUAGAAGAACAAUUCUUGGAACCUCAAUCUGAUGUUGUGCGUCAGUUAGCUGGACAUAUAACUGAUCUUAAAAAAUUAUUAACAGAUCACGAUGCUUCUCUUUCUGUAUUCAUGUUUGAUGAAUAUCUUAAAAAACUUAUGUAAAUUUUCAUCAAUCAACAAAUUUUAUAAAUCAUAAAUAAUGCACUUAUCAAUAUUAGUGCCUCUCCCUAA